AUGGAGCUUUGCUUUAAUAUCCACGUUCGAACGGUCCUAGGAGCCCAAUUCACCCAGAAGGUUUUCCCCUUUGACACGGUGGCCGAGCUGAAGUCGCAUUUGGUUAAAAAGACGCGGCUAGAAUGCCACAAAAUUGCGCUGGUAUUUUGUGGCCAAGAACUGUGCCCAGAGACGGCUCCUUUGUCGAGCUUCGGCAUACAGCCCGACUCGACGUUACGACUGGUGGUUGUGGCUCGUUCUGGUCCUGCUAGGAACAUCACGCAGCCAUCGGUUAGCCGAGUUGAUUCUGCCGUUUCGGAGAACGAGCGGUCGAGACGGGGCUGCUCGGCCACGGAAGAUACUUCUGCAAAGGAAAGCAGCGCGGGAGAAUUGACAGAACAUGAUGAGACCGACAAACAGACACGUUUAACGAGGCUAGCGGAAGCUGUAUAUUCUGGGAGACACUCCCGACGACAGCGGCUCAAUUCGGUGUCGGCUGGGAAGGGCCGCGAUGAAGUGCAUGGGCCCGUCGAAGUGUCAGAAAAGACUACGAUUUCCGUAGAAGACGAAGAGGAGGAGAUUAUUCAAGAUGACGCCCAAGCGCCAUUAGAAUCAUCGGAUGGCCCUCUAAACGCCUCUGACCCUUCCGAGAUGUCAUCGGGCAUGAUUAUCUGCGAUUUGAGCAACGAAUUCCGGAAAAUUCGGGUUCGGCGUCGCCACCAUAUGCCUGUGGUCGGGCGGGCUCGUUCGAAGCCACGCAAGAAAACAGGUAGCAGCUCAGACGAACGCGAGGGAGAAGCUGAGCCGGAAGAAAAUUAUAUGUUCACCAUGCCUCCUUUGCGGCGCCCGCUUCCACCUCAAAAGAGUCGUCAGCUGCCAUUGAAG